UGGCAGCUUGACGAACUAAGAGAAAGACUCGAUGUUCUACGAGACAAUAUUGCUGCAGUCUUAGAGACUGGAUGGACGCGAUGGCCGACGGGCAGAGUGGUCGAUCUGCGGCACUCCACCUGACGCGUCGAUGAAGGCGUCAUGUGCAGCGAUGAUGCGAACGUGGGCAUCUCGGCAGUGGCUGUGGAGUCGUCACCUCAUCAGCACGCUGACGCGUCACGUCAUCCCAGGCCGGUAUAUAAGCCUCCCCCCUUGCCACACUUCCCCCAGACACCAUGGUGCACCUCGCCUCCCUCCUCUUCCUCCCCCUCGCUCUCGCAGCGCCCGCCCAAGACAUCCCCGAGCUCUCGCUCAACGAGUGGAAGGGCAUCCAGAAUGGUUUCACAAACCGUAUCUCUGGCCUCGGCUCUUGGUCCUGGAACAAGGCAGAGGAAGCACUGAGCGACCUUGGAGGCCAGGACAAGACCGAGUUGACCAUCUGGCAGAACCUGAAGGAGGAUCCUCACAGCUUUAGCAAGCUUGUCAAGAUCAUCGAGUUUGAAGGUCAUGCCAGCAAGUAUCUCGACGACAAGGACGCCCAGAUCACCUUCUUUGCGCCCAACAACGAUGCUCUCACGCCACCUCACCAUAAGGACGACGACGAUGACUUUGAGCAGCUGCUCCACAACCCAUCUCUCGCCUCGCUCUCUGCUGCCCUAGACCGCGACCCAUCCCUCACUUCGUCGUCCAAGGGACACGAUGACGAUGACGACGAUGACGAGGAGAAGAAGCGCAAGAAGGAAAUCUUCCGCAAGAUUGCAGGCAAGGUGUUGGCCUACCACGGUCUUCCCAAGGCCUACACCGUGCAAGAGCUCGGGCAAAACUCUACAUUUGCCACUGCUCUCAAGGCAGACGAUGGAAGUUAUGCCGGAUUGCACAGGAGGGUCAGGAUUGAGAAGAACUUGGUACCUCCUUCUAUCAAGCUCAACUUCUACGCCAAGAUCGUCGCUUCUGACCGCAAAGCCCGCAACGGCUACUUCCACGCCCUCGACCACCCUCUCCUCCCUCCUGGCUCUAUCCUUGAGGAGCUCUUCCUCUUCCCCGACACCUUCAGCACUUUGACUUCGAGCGUGCAAAAGGUCCACGAGGCUCAUGCUUUGGACUAUGGCUACGACAGGGAGCACUCUGAGCCUGGCAAGCCAAAGUUCCACGGUAACCCCUUGGCUACCCUCUUUGCGCCUACCAAUGCUGCUUUCCACGACUUGCCCGACAAGCUCAAGUUUUACUUGUUCUCGCCAUUCGGUGAAAAGUCGUUGAUCAAGCUGUUGGCGUAUCACUACAUCCCUCACACGCUCCUCCUGUCUGAGGCUUUCCACCAGGAAAAGCACGAGCACAAGGGCGAGCUCUUGACUGUCGGUGAUGACCCUAGCUUCCACAAGCAGUUCAAGAUCCACACGGGUCUGCCCAACGCUACCGUCGAGGUGGAGAUUGAAAAGGUCAAGGUCCUCCCUAUCGAAGGUGCCACCAAGACGACCAUCAAGGUCAACGGCGAGCAGGUUGAAGUCAUCGAUGUGCCAGCUCGCAACGGCGCUGUGCAUGUCCUUAGCAAGCUCCUCGUCCCUCCCCACGAGCACCAUGGCCACCAUGGUCACCAUGACCACGACCAGGAUCUCUCUGCUGAAGACUCUUGGGAAAAUUGGGAGGAGUGGUUCCCUCAGUGGGUCGACGCGCAGGACGAGUGAACGUCUGGUGAACUGCUUGAGAUAUGCGAGUUUGGCAGCCACAUAUAAUGUAAAUUAGCUGAAAGAGAAAGGAAGUCAGAAGUUUCAAUGUAAUCAUUACAU